CAGGAGAAUGAGAGGCACACGGGCGUGUGCUUAUACGCACCACCUCUUCCUGUGUCACAAGGUUCUGCAAUCCUUUUUCUCACACAGACUAUAAAAAAAGUUAUGCAAAGUCUGUCUCCGCUCCAAGAGCUACCAGACACCCACUCCCUUCAAAGGACUGGGCUCUCUCUAUCGCUCCAUUUCUCUCUCUCACACACGCGCACUCACACACACGCCACCCCUCACUCCUGGCACAGAGAAGCCACGACCACUGGAGAGACCAUACAAACCUACUUCUCUAGUAAUUCACCUAGCCAUCAACAGACGCUAAGCCCAGGAUGUGGACUCUGCUCUUGGGGCUCACCUUUGGAUUACUGGCCUCCAUCAGGUCGGCUUCGGCUCAAGCUAUGGUGAGAUCACGUAGCUGCAGCCAUGCGGGAGUGUUCCAUGUGGAGGGAGAAGAUCGCUACUCUCUGACCUUUGACAUGGCCAAGGAGCUGUGUAAAAACCUGGGGGCCAACAUUGCCAGCAUGGAGCAAGUCCUCAAGGCCCAUUCCCAUGGCCUAGAGACAUGCAGACAUGGUUGGAUCAGCAAUGGAAACACCACCAUUCUCAGGCAAAAUGCACAUGUUAACUGUGCCAGCAACAUGACUGGAGUAUUCUUCCACCUUGAAUCUCCAGACAAACUCUUUGAUGCCUUCUGUUUUAAUGCAUCAGAUUUGUCGGAGAAGAACUGUGAUGCGUCAGUCCGCCCUGCAUUAACUGAUUCAGAGAGUUCUCAGGAUACAGAUGCUUCAGAUUACCUUCAAAACAACCGUGUAGCCACAGAGCAGCCUGUGACAGAGGACACAGCAAACAACCAGACAACUCAGACAACUCAGACAAUCAACGUUUUGGAGGACCUGGACCAGGUAGAGCCACAGGCCACAAAGAUAACCCAAGCCAAUCCGAUCACACCAGAUCCUGUCACUCAAAACAACACUUCAGACCAUAUGGAUGAGGGAGCUGAUAGCCCCAUCGAGGUAGCAUCCACAAAAAACAUCUCAAUAACAGACUGGAAUAAGAGGAAUGACUCUGAGUUGGGGGUGCACAGGGAGACAGAUGACACCCCUGGGUCUGGGAUAUUUCCUGGAGAGGCUUUUUCCAUUACACCAUCUGUUGGUGGGUCAGGAGAAAGUCAGGGCUCUGCCAUGGAUGGGAACACAGGGCAUUCCAUUCCCGAGGGUAGGAUGAUUCCAGGUGGGAGAGCAACCCCUCCUCCACCAGAUGGGCGGGGGAAGAGUAGGACACCCCUUUGGCUGAUCAUUUUGGCAGUGGUGGUGGGAGUGUGCACUAUUAUGAUUGUGUGUGCUGCUGUUGCCAAGCGAAGGAGCUGGUGUGGUCAGCAGCAGACUCUGAUGAUCUCCAACAAGGAUGGGAGUGAAGUUAACAGGGGGGCGGCUUCAGUGACUAGUUUCCGCACCCAGGAGAGCGAGCAGGAGAUGGUAACCCUGAUGGAUAAAGAGAAGAUCCAGGAGAAUGGAAACACAGAGGAGUUCACUGUCAUCACACUGGAGGAGUCCCCACAUAAAUAACAGCUAGCAUAAGAGGAGUGGGAGUGGCCUAUAGGGAUUGAGAGAAGAUUAGCUGUUUGGGGUCAUGAUACUGCGGUAAAACUAGAUAAAGGCUGACUGGGAUGGAAAUGGAUACUUAGCCAGGUACCAAGCAGACAGACGCAUUUAACUUUUCAGCUGGGGUUGGGGAGAGGGCUUUGGAAAUGGAAGGAAUGGCUAAUGAUUUAUUUGAUAAAUAUUUUUGGUUUUAUGGUUUUUUCCAAAUGCUUGUUACUAAGGCACAACAUCAGAUGGGCUAGCUAGACCAAAAUGAAUGAUGCUAAUACCCUUUUGUGUCAGGGUGGGAGGGAGGUUAAUUUGUGACAUAUUUGUGACAUAAUAGCAUAAUAGCCUAACUCAAGCUACUCAACAUUCUCCAAGUGAAAGAAGAACAUAAAGAAACAACUCAUAGAACAUACUUUCCAUGAAAAAACACAAGUUGCAAAAAUGUGGCCCACUUAUGACUUUAGUCUUUAUCUUUUAAUAUAAACCUUGUGUAUAUUUCACUUGUUUCCAGUGGAAUGAGAUGUAUUUAGUUUGGACAAAAAACAAUGUUUUUUUAAUUUAUGCAGUUUGGACUUGUCUUUCUGUUUUUGCUUCUGUAUAUACUGUAUCAUUAUUUUUCCAAAUGCCUUUGUUAUAGUUGUCAAUCUUAUUAUUUGGUGUGCAAAUGCCCUAAUGAACAAAGAAAAGCUGCCAUAUUUGAGAGUUAUUGUAAAAGAACAAUUACAAUAGUCAGUAUGGAUAUUGUAAGAACUUAAUGUAUAGUAUUAAAGACUGUGCAUUUUAAAUACCUUUUAUAUGAUGUCAUUUACCAUGGUCGGUAUAAAUAAUCAAGUAUCUCACAUGAUUCCAUUGGAAUAUGAAAUACAGCUGUUUUAGAGACGUUGGGAAAAUGCCUGAUUAUUUACCAUAUACAGUAAUUCCCAUCAUUGACAAACUUACAGUAACCCAAUGAAAUGCAUUACACUGCAAAGAAUAACAUUCAAUGUCACCUAAUAACAAUGUUGUGCAGUCCCUCACUGAUUUAAUGUUUACUAAUCAUUAAGACAUAGAAAUUAUGAUAAUGAGCAGAACAAUAAAAAUUAAAAUCUGAAUGCUACUCUGAUGGGUUCUGUUGUAAUGUGCAGAGGCCAUCUUUCUUCUGUGGCUGUCCCUGGGAUGUAUUCAUUCAGCCAUUUCGGAUGCAAACAUAAUUAAAUUGGGAGGGACCUACAUUUUCCAAUAGAAACUCUAGGUUUGGCAGAUUUGUUACAUUUUGUUUCAUGGUGAACAGAUUCUGUAAUGAAUACACCCCUGUUAUGUGCACCAGAGGGAGUGAAGGAAAGGGGUUGAUGAAUGUAUGUUUCCCUGGCCAGGAGCUCUGUCCCCAAAUGUCCCCAUAGCUCCUCACUGACAGAAACAUUCAUCUUUAUGCAAACACUUUAUUUAGAAGCACAUUACUUCUAUAUGGGAUUGUGUGGGGCAACUGUGAAUCAUACCAUAUGGUUUAACAGUGCAUUUGUUAGGCAAUUUAAGAAAGGUUUAAGAGAUUUGAAUCACUUCCAUGUUUUCCAAACAUUUUCUGCAGCUUUUUUUGAUUAGGAAUCAUUUUGAGGCACAAAAAGAUUUUAGGGUUUGACUGUUUAAUGAUGUAAUAACAAAAUGUUGUUAAUAAAAAAGGAUUUGUAUAAGUAUGGAUUCAAUAAAUGUGUAUAGAGAAAAUG